AACGUCGGCGCUGUUCUCGCACAGCAAGGCCGCUACUCCCGGCCUUUUUACGUCAGCUCACCGAGGUCACAUGCGAGAUGAGCGCGUCGGAUGGUCAUCUUCAGCGCCGACGUCGUGCAUUCGCCGUUGCUCCGACCGCUGGGGCUCACACCAUUCCCACAUUCUGAAGAGCACAUUCGGCGUCACUGGCCACUUUCGAUGUUGCCCAAUAAUAAAGUGUGUCAAAACGAAAGUGCUGCUUGCGAUUCCGGCGGCGCACCACUUCCGCCGAGCCACUAUAGGGGCGCCCCCCACUAGGACCGGUUCCAGUGCGGCCAUGGCACGCGCGCCGCGUUGCUGCACCGUGGACGGCGUGGUCGCCUUCAUCGGCGUCGUGAGCGCGCUGAUCCACGUGCUCGAGUUCUUCGCCUUCUGGUACCUGCUGGCCGCCUUCUUCAUCCUGACCGGGGACGCGCACCGGCCCGACGACCACUUCUGGGGGCUGCUGUACCCGGCGCUGCUGGUGCUGCACUCGGUGCUGCAGGCCGCGCUGUCGCUGCUGCUCGCCGCGGGCGCGCUCAAGAGGCGCAAGGCGUACAUCCUGCCCUGGAUCGUCACCAGCAUCGUGGAGUGCGCGCUGCUCUUCAAGUGCAGCAUCUUCCUCGGCCUGCGAUCGGUGCCCGCCAGCGCGUGGAUCACCGCGACCACGGUGGCCUUCUCGAGCGUCCAGCUCUUCUACGUGUCUUGCGUGGUGCUCUACUUCCGGAGGCUCAAGAAGAUGGAACGGGAGAUCCAGCCACCACCCGAGGUGUACAAGUGCCCGUGAAGCUUGUGAGAACUGCAAGAGUCCGUUAUCGGCCUGAAAAUUCCCGCUUUGUUGUGCCGCGCAUCAACUAAUUCACCUCGGACAUGAGAUUCAAUGACUUUCCAAUUGUUUAUUUAGGACAUGGUUGAAUUGACAAGUGAUGUCUACGCAGUGGAUAACCCCACAGCAGCACUUUCGAGACAGCCGUUUGUGCUAUGAAAUACGUUGGCAUUCCACUUGUUUCCCAAAACCCUUAUUCUAGCAGUUGAGGAUUUAAUUCUAUCUAUUUCUAGUACCUCAAAGGCCCCUGAGGAGGGGUGGGUUGUUUUCGCACAUUAGUUUUCCAGUGGUGCGUUUCAAGAGGGUUGGGUUUGAUUGAAGCAUGAUGUUGGCGGGAACUCUUUUCCAGUUUUUUAAGGUAUGACGCCAAGUUAAAGAAAAAAUUGAGAUUUUUGGAGAAGAGUAAGAAUACAGAUUAUUAGUCGACCUUAUAAGCUUCUAGGCAAAUUGGAGUGUUAUAUAAUAUAAGGUGUAAAAUUUUUAUAGAUAUUUCUUUUUAAAUGUUUAACGAAUGUGGGUAUUAUGCCAGCAUUCGUAACUUGUCUCGCCACAAUCGAACAAUUUCUGGCAGUCACAUAGGAAGGACACUGAUCUCUGCACCAAACCUAACGAGACAGUGUUGAUAGCUGGACAAGUAGGGGCGGAUGUAAACAAGGCGAGGGGACAUAAUUCAGAGCGCGGACCGUGUUAAAAUUACCUUACUGCCAGUGUCACGGUUACAAAGAUGAUAUAAAACAUAAGUAGGCAACAGCAGGAUUCAUGCUAACGAGACCUGAAGAAUCCCGAGAGUAAUGAUUAACUAAUAACAACAACAUGCUCUGCUGAUAGGUAUGCCUUCCUAUAAAAUGGAGCCAUAUUAAAAGUUGUCGUACAAUUUUAUUCCUGGAAAUUCAUUGAAUAGCCAACUACGUGUGCAAAGUACCAUUGAAAUACGAAACUAGUUAUGCUGUUGGCGUAUGAAAGAAAUGUGAAAAAGUGGGUUCUGAGAAAAUUAAUGAAAACGAAUCGAAACUGCUGCAGCGCUCAAAGAAAACAUUCAGGAUCGCUAAAAUUCACCAUGUCUCCUCCCCAUUCCUGUCUAAUUUUGGUCAUGGGGCACCUUAUAUUUAUUUUUCUAGCUCGUGCAGUACUUAUAGAGGGAGGCCUUCACAUUGAGCGGCCGGUGAUUUGUAAGACAAGACUUUACUGUAUAAAGGGCAUGUUCUGUUCUAACUGGUUUCAACACAUCACGUGUCUUGACAUUAAUGAAAUGGUAGUGGCUCAGGUACUCGAGAGUCUUUGGUCGACCAACUCGUACUCAUUCUGGGCGAGACAAGAUCUGCAAUUGUUUCCUUCCAGCUUUAUUCCAAAAUGCUGCAGUUGACCACCAAGUGUCACCCCCUUCGCGCACGCUGACCCUUUCAUGUAUUGAUUCCCGACAAACGUUCGUUUCGCACCUUCGCCACACUGUAGCUACUAGUGUAAAUGACAACUACUAUGCAUAAACACAACAAUUAAAGGCAAUUUGCUAUUUAUUUAACGCACAAAAAGUCAGGAAAGUGGUUUCAAACGUAGUGCGUCCCCCUUCUGAGACAGAUGGAAACAUACUUUAAAUGUUGUUGAACAAUUAUUACUUCUUUGAACAUAAUACUAACGUCGAAAAAGGCAAUUAAAUACAACACAAUUCGAGCAUUUUUAUGUUAGACAUCAAAUCGGUACCAUCAGUAUUAGUUUCACAGACACUGGGUGGGGUACAAGUUUCGCUAUAUCUUUUGAGAGACAACGCAGGAACAUAAUUUUUUGCUGCAAAAUGUUCUCAAGUGAAUCGCACAUCGAAAUGGGCAGAAAAAAUCGAAUUACUUGAAAAAAAAAAGAUUAGCGUAGCUAACACUGGAGGCGCAACGCUAAAGAGACAGCGAAGCUGAUGGGCACCUAGCUAGUCCUGGCUUUUGGGCUAGGCUAAGCACUACGAAGUCAUCCUCAGCAUUUUCCGGAAUUUAUUGAUUAUUGAUCGAUUAUCGAAUAUGUAUUGAUUGGCUAUCGAUUGGCUAUCGCAAAGGUAUUGGCCACGUAUUUGGGCUAGGCUAUGCGCUACCAAGUCAUCCCCAGCAUUUUCCGGAAUUUAUUGAUUAAUAAUGGAUUAUCGAUUAGCUAUUAAUUAGCUAUCGAUUGGCUAUUGAUGACUGACUAAGAUUAAGUAGUCCCAACCAUGCUAAGCUAGUUUACCAGGUCCAGCUUCGGUAGUUCACAGGGGUAUGUGCCAUUGCUCUAGGACCAUUUCUGCACUACCACCAGGAUUGGCCCACAGUUUUCUGUCUACGACAGACCAGCGUCUCCUCUAUUUUUUUCAGUGCAAGUGCAAUCGCUCGCUCCGGAAUGGGA